UUAAAAUCAAGUGAAGUGGCCAUUUUGUGAAGAGUCGAAGACUGAGCGGUUGUCUCCGCAUUGCCGACCUCCAGCAGCAGUCGGCUUCUGCACGUAGAACCAGGGAGUAGGAGACUCAGAAUCGAAUCUCUUCUCCCUCCUCCCUCCUGUUUUCGGCUUUGUGACAAACCUUAUCAUCAAACACAAUGGCCAGCAACGUUACCAACAAGACAGAUCCUCGCUCCAUGAACUCCCGUGUGUUCAUUGGGAAUCUCAACACUCUCGUGGUCAAGAAAUCUGAUGUGGAGGCAAUCUUUUCGAAGUAUGGCAAAAUUGUGGGCUGCUCUGUUCAUAAGGGCUUUGCCUUCGUUCAGUAUGUUAAUGAGAGAAAUGCCCGGGCUGCUGUAGCAGGAGAGGAUGGCAGAAUGAUUGCUGGCCAGGUUUUAGAUAUUAACCUGGCCGCAGAGCCAAAAGUGAACCGAGGAAAAGCAGGUGUGAAACGAUCUGCAGCGGAGAUGUACGGCUCCUCUUUUGACUUGGACUAUGACUUUCAACGGGAUUAUUAUGAUAGGAUGUACAGUUACCCAGCACGUGUACCUCCUCCUCCUCCUAUUGCUCGGGCUGUAGUGCCCUCGAAACGUCAGCGUGUAUCAGGAAACACCUCACGAAGGGGCAAAAGUGGCUUCAAUUCUAAGAGUGGACAGCGGGGAUCUUCCAAGUCUGGAAAAUUGAAAGGAGAUGACCUUCAGGCCAUUAAGAAGGAACUGACCCAGAUAAAACAAAAAGUGGAUUCUCUCCUGGAAAACCUGGAAAAAAUUGAAAAGGAACAGAGCAAACAAGCAGUAGAGAUGAAGAAUGAUAAGUCAGAAGAGGAGCAGAGCAGCAGCUCCGUGAAGAAAGAUGAGACUAAUGUGAAGAUGGAGUCUGAGGGGGGUGCAGAUGACUCUGCUGAGGAGGGGGACCUACUGGAUGAUGAUGAUAAUGAAGAUCGGGGGGAUGACCAGCUGGAGUUGAUCAAGGAUGAUGAAAAAGAGGCUGAGGAAGGAGAGGAUGACAGAGACGGCGCCAAUGGCGAGGAUGACUCUUAAGCACAGUGGGGUUUAGAAAUCUUAUCCCAUUAUUUCUUUACCUAUGCGCUUGUCUAAGAUCAAAUUUUUCACCAGAUCCUCUCCCCUAGUAUCUUCAGCACAUGCUCACUGUUCUCCCCAUCCUUGUCUUUCCCAUGUUCAUUAAUUCAUAUUUCCCUGCGCCUAGUCCCAUUUUCACUUCCUUUUUGACGCUCCUAGUAGUUUUGUUAAGUCUUACCCUGUAAUUUUUGCUUUUAAUUUUGAUACCUCUUUAUGACUUAACAAUAAAAAGGAUGUAUGGUUUUUAUCAAAAAAAAAAAAAAAU